AUGACUUAUUCUGGGCUGCAGGUUGUUGAGCUGCCCAUGCUUCAUCCUGAAAAAUUUGUGAAGCUUGGAAUUGAUCCUCCUAAGGGUGUUCUGUGCUAUGGUCCACCUGGUACUGGCAAGACACUUUUGGCUAGAGCUGUGGCUAACAGAACUGAUGCAUGUUUCAUUCGUGUCAUUGGGAGUGAGCUUGUGCAGAAGUAUGUUGGGGAGGGAGCUCGGAUGGUUCGUGAACUAUUUCAGAUGGCACGAUCCAAAAAGGCUUGUAUUGUGUUUUUUGAUGAAGUAGAUGCCAUAGGAGGUGCACGAUUUGAUGAUGGGGUUGGUGGAGACAAUGAGGUUCAGCGCACAAUGCUUGAAAUUGUGAAUCAGCUUGAUGGAUUUGAUGCCCGAGGAAACAUUAAAGUUCUGAUGGCAACAAAUCGACCAGACACUCUGGAUCCAGCCCUGUUGCGACCUGGAAGGUUAGAUCGAAAAGUUGAGUUUGGGCUACCAGACUUGGAGAGAGCUGACAUAAGGAGUGUAUGUACGGAGGCAGGGAUGUAUGCCAUUAGAGCACGGAGGAAAACUGUAACAGAGAAAGACUUCCUUGAUGCUGUGAACAAAGUUAUCAAGGGAUAUCAGAAGUUCAGUGCUACACCAAAAUAUAUGGUUUACAAUUGA